GCCCCACGCCGCGCCGCGCCGGCGCCGGGCGGCAGGAUGGGCUGUAUCCAAAGCAUCACCUGCAAGGCGCGGAUCCGGCGCGAGAACAUCGUGGUGUACGAUGUGUGCGCCACCAUCGACCAGUGCCCCACGCGCAUCGAGGAGACCUCGCCCAUCGUCCUGCGCUACAAGACCCCCUACUUCAAAGCCUCGGCCCGCGUGGUCAUGCCCCCCAUCCCCCGCCACGAGACCUGGGUCGUGGGCUGGAUCCAGGCGUGCAACCAGAUGGAGUUCUUCAACACCUACAGCGACCUGGGCAUGUCCAGCUGGGAACUGCCUGACUUGAGGGAAGGGAGAGUAAAAGCCAUCAGUGACUCAGAUGGGGUGAGCUACCCUUGGUAUGGGAACACCACAGAAACUGUGACCCUGGUUGGCCCCACCAACAAGAUCUCCAGGUUCUCCGUCAGCAUGAAUGACAAUUUCUACCCUAGUGUGACAUGGGCAGUGCCAGUGAGUGACAGCAAUGUGCCACUGCUCACAAGAAUCAAGAGGGACCAAAGUUUUACUACCUGGCUGGUGGCCAUGAACACCACCACGAAGGAGAAGAUCAUUCUGCAGACCAUCAAGUGGAGGAUGAGGGUGGACAUUGAAGUGGACCCUCUCCAGCUGUUGGGGCAGCGGGCCCGGCUGGUGGGCAGGACUCAGCAGGAGCAGCCCCGGAUCCUGAGCCGGAUGGAGCCCAUUCCCCCAAACGCACUAGUGAAGCCCAAUGCCAACGAUGCCCAAGUCCUCAUGUGGAGGCCCAAGCGGGGGCCACCUCUGGUUGUGAUCCCUCCUAAGUAGAAGCAGACUGGCCUGACUGUGUGUGGAGCACACGCCGCUGAGACACGCAGCGAGGUUGCCAGGGGUGGCAGGAGCCAAACUGAGUUUCUGAGCCAAAGCAGACCUCUUGGUUUGCCAGCCUUUGCAGCUACUUGUCAAGAGUACAGCUGCUCCUUGGGUGGUAGAACCAUAAUCCUUAGGAAAAGUCCUUUCCUUUUAGGAAUAAAGAAAUCACUGAUUUGACAGACUUGCUCUGAUUACCAUGCAAGUAGCCAUAUUUUGGAGCUGACCAGGAUGAUUCUUUUAUUUGAACUAUUGACCAUUUCUUUCCUGUGAGAUGCAGGGGAUGGAAAUGAAAUUAAACAGUGCCUGUGGCGAAUGCUGCUUCCCAACCAAUUAGAAGUGGGAGUGAAAACAUCUACACCAGAUGUUCGUCUCCUAAUAAGACAAGGCAAAGCCCAGCAAGCAGAACCACAUGGCAGAGACUAAGGAGAAGGAAAUGAGCACUGGCUGGUGGCUCCAGAAGCUGAAGCCUGGGACAGCUGGUUUCCACUAAAUCGAGUGCCAUCCUGCCUGUCUCCUCUCCACCCUCCCAUCCCGUGACCAGUAUCUCCUAUCUACCCUACCACGUGCCCAACUGGGCCAGCUGGUUGGCUGGUGGGGAGCUGUGUUGAAGUGGGGGUUGUGCCUGCUGUAUUUUUUUUGUGUGUAGAAUGAUUGGAUUCAUCCAGACCUCAAGUCCCUCCCAAGCCCACCAAGUGAAGCCUCCCAAGGACAAAGAGCUGGUCAGCCUGGACUUCAAAUAGCUUACAUGGCCCAGCCUUGGUUCUUAAACCCUGCCUCCCAUCCCUAUACUCUUGGAUAGGAAACCGAGGGAAUGUGUGUCUCCCCUCCCCCCAAUUCUCCAAGGGUGGCUAUUGUUAAUAAUCUUUUGUGGUGUCUCUAAGGUCUCCAAUCCUUGGAGAACCAGAGCCAAAGCAGUGCUUUCCCCUACCAUGGCCAGGCUGGGUGCCCCCAGGCGGCCAAGGACAGAGUAUGCAUCAUCAGGAUUGGUGGGGCAAGCAGAGAACUACCCUAAGAGAACAAAAAUGUUGUGCAUUGUUUUAUUUAUUGAUUGGUUUAUUUAUUGGCAUACCUACUGACUUAAUUUAUUUAUGAAAUAAGUAUUUAUUAUACAGCAAGAAACCCACUUCCAUCCUUGAAGCAUCAACCCCAGGAUUUGUCUUCUUGGCCCCAUAGAGCACAGUGAAUUACUCCUCUUUGAAGACACAGGAAAAAGAGAGGAAAGCCUCUCCUUAUGCCCAGACAGUUCCAUCCCAGCAUAGUUUUUCAACCAGAAAUGGCAUUAGAAACCACCAGCUAGAAGGGCUGUAAAGCCACAUGCAAAUCAGCACAGGCUUAGCUGUCCAGACCGAAGCUCUCAGAAUCCUCCCAACCCACUCCCCUUGUAUGUGCCCUGCCCUUCAACUCUUUUCCUCACUCAGGUGGGGCCCAGCCCUCCAACUCCAGCCUGUGCAUCAGGACUAAAGUCCUCAUCCUGCUUUGGGGCCACAUGCUUAUCACCAGAUGCACAUUAGAAUCAUCCGAGGAGCUAAAAAUAGUAUCCAGGCCUGAUCUCCUCUCCAAAACAGUUACAGCAGAAUCUCCAAGGGUAGAGGUUGGGCAUCCAUGCUUUGUGAGUUCCCCAGAUAACUCCAAUGUGAAAAUAGGGUUAAGUAUUUACAGUGUCUUCUGUCCUUCACCCCUCCCCACAACCCAGAUCACAUCCUCCUGCCAUUCCCAAGCUUCCUCUAGAGUCCUCUUCCCAUUCCUCCAGCCGACCACCCUGGCAGAGCCCUGGAGUAGUGGCAGGGCCCAGAAGCCAAAUGCUGAGAGUGGGGCCUGCUCCCAGGUAGCUGAUUUCCAGCUUUUCUAGGAGCAGAAACCUGUCUGCUGCCCAGAUUCGACCUCCACCUGCCCCUUCCCCAGUCUCCCAAACUCUAGAAGUUGAAAAGGGCACAUUGUUGACAUUUCUAUCUCAAAGUCCCAAUCCUCCUGGUAAGACCGUUGCCAGUUUUUACAAUCUAAGGCUUGGCCAUUUCUGCAGAGCCAUCUCAAUUAACGAAAGUUCUACAGGUGACCAAGGAAGUGGGCCCCUUACCCCCAAGCCAAGUCCUUUGCCCCAAAACCUGGCAGUAGCCAACCCACACCCAAAUUCUCAGUGGCUGAGAAGAGGCAUCUCACCCUUCACAUUUAUGAGAGCCACACUGCUGAGUGUGAGAAAUGUGAGUGAGUGUGUACAUGUGCAUAUACUGUCUACCUGUACACUACCUAGAGAUGCUGAGGGCAGCAUUUGCCAUGAAAACAACUGAGGACUUUGCUGUCUUUAACUCAGUGGAGUUGUGCUGUGUUCAGGAUGGGCUCAAGUGAAUCCCAUAUUCUGUAUACACAAAGAAUAUUAUAAUAUAUAAAAACUGCUGGGCACACUACACACACACACACACACACACACACACACACACACACACACACAGAGUCUAAAGAAGCCUGUGAUGUGGGAAGAGUUCAUUUUGUACCCUCUGCCCUCCUCUAAGUAGUUUCCUAGGGCAAGCAUUAUGUUGCACCCCUCAGCUGCCCGGCCCCUGCCCACCCUUCAUUCAUCCCACCAAGCCACCUUUCCCAUUAUUCGUUAGUCACAAUGUCCCCGCCCCAAGUCCCAUCUCUCAGGGUCCUGCUCUCUGACAGGUGGCAGUUCAGCAGGGGGUGCUAAAGAGUUGAGUGUUAGUCUCCCAGGUGACAUUUAUGUUUUAAAGGGGCUACAGAUAAUGCCUUAAUCCAGAGGACAGCUGUAGUGGUGGAAAUUCCAGGCACAGAAGUGGGCCAGUAAGGGAGCUUAUUUUUAUCAGGAGGGCAAUUCAUAGCCCCCACGUCAUAGCUGUCUCUCAGAUUGGCCCUUAUAAGCACGUGGGCACAAGCAAGCACACUUACUGAUAUAGAUAUUCCUUAAUUUUGAGAUACCUCCCUUACAUUGGCCCUACCCUUAAAAAUUAAAAAAAAAAAAGUUAAAUUAAUUUAAACCUCAUUGGGUAAUGUAGCCUAUUUCUCACUGAGCACCAGCCAUCUGGUCUACCCCACCCUGUUCCAGUUUCUUCCUUCUCCUCCUUUCUGCUACUGCCACAUCUAUUAAUUUGCUUGUACGUGUCUCUCCUUCCCUGUUCUUCUGUGUGUCUAUCCUUCCUUGCUUCCCCCUGGAAUUGUGCUGUUUGUCAAUGUCGUCAAGGACAGAAGAGCAGGUUAAACGCAUGAGCAUGUGUGUAUCGCUUUGAAGAAAGAGAAACCAGGUAUUCUGCUAUAGUUCAGAGAAAAACCCAACGAAGAGAGAGACGAAAGCUGGCUCUGCAGAGUGCCUUAAAAUGACUUUACUUAGGAAAUUCUGAGUUGUCAGUCUUUGGAUGUUAUGUGAACUCAAACAGAUGUUGCAUUUCACUUCUCUGGGAUUAAAAAAAAGUUAAAUACAGUAUGUAUUCAACAAUGACAA